UUCAUUGAAAACUAAAGUCGAUCCAACUAAGUUCGAAGGCAAGCUUAAGGAAGUGUUUGUUCCAGGUGGUGUGGUAUUACAGGCUGGUGAUUUUAUACGACGCCCAGAUUUAGCUGAUACAUUGGACGUAAUUGCAAAACAGGGAUCUGAUGCACUUUAUUUAGGACAAAUAGCUGAUACUAUAAUACAAGCUGUUGAAGAAGCUGGCGGUAUUUUAAGUAUGGAAGAUUUACAACAAUAUAAAGUUAUAGAACGUGAUAUAAUACAAACAGAAUUUAACGGCGGUUAUGUUAGUACAACUCAAGCACCGUCAAGUGGACCAAUUUUGUUAUUAUUGAUAAAUUUACUGGAAGGAUUUAACUGGACUCCUGCAUCAGUCAGUGACCCUAAAACAUAUCACCAGAUGAUUGAGGCUUUUAAGUUUGCGUUUGCUCAUCUUGGUGAUUUGGGUGACCCAACGUUUAACUCUACAGCAGUCAAUAAUAAAUUGUUACAAAUAAUCAGUAAAGAAUAUGCUAAUACUCUACAUAGUAAAAUAGAUAACCAAAGUCACCCUGCGGAGUAUUAUAGUGCCAAGUAUGAACCUGUUGAGAAUGGUGGUACUACACAUAUUUCUGUAGUUGAUGCAGAUGAUUUGGCUGUGUCUUUAACAACAAGUGUAAAUCUUUGGUUUGGCGCCCAAAUUAUGACAUCAUCUGGUAUCAUAUUAAAUAAUAGUAUGGCUGAUUUUAGUAACCCGUCUCUCCCUUCAUUGUAUAAUCUACCACCUAAUCCAAAUAAUCUACUAAUAGCAGGCAAACGGCCCCUGUCAUCGAUGGCACCAACUAUAGUCUCUAAUAAGAAUAAAAUCAUGGCUAUUGGGGCUUCUGGUGGCUCAAGAAUUAUAUCAGGUGUAGCAGAAGUUAUAGCUAAUGUGAUGCUUUUUGAUUUAAAUUUAACACCUGCUAUAGAUAAACCAAGGUUACAUCAUCAACUUUAUCCCGAAUUUACUGAGUGCGAAGAUGGUGUACCUGAAGAUGUCUUAAGCUAUUUAAAAAGCAAGGGUGAAGACAUUCAGCCAUAUUCGAAGAUUUUCAUCAGCAUUAUUCAGGCAGUGAUGAAAACUAGUGACAAGAUCUAUGCCCAUUCUGACUUCAGGAAAGGAGGGAAGGCUGCAAUAUGCGCAAUACGUGAUUACAAUAUCAGAUGAAGCUGAUUUUUCCUCAUUUUGAACUAUUGUUCUUGUUUCAGGGUGACUAUUUAUUUAUCGCGACCCCGAAAAGCUAAAAAAGAAAUAUUUUUGCAGGCCCGUAGCUAGCGGGGGACAACUGGAACAGCUGCCUCCCUUGGAAAUAAUCGGCGCAAUCAAUGGUACCUUUGUCCAUUGGGGAAGAAUAAAUCGUUUCUCCAAAUGGGCACCUUUACCGCCCUUUCGAUUGGACACAAUACGAAGCCAACGACCAACGUACCUCUCUUGCACUCCAGCUAGCUACGGGUCUGGUUUUACCUGGGAAGUUGACUUUUGAACAUUCGGUACUUUUUCUUCUAGUGAUUGAACUUACAAUAUAUAUAUAAUAGUUGACCAGUGAGACAUGUAGUGGGCCUUGAUUCAGGGUGAUCCCGAAGAACUAAAAUAUAUAUUAUUUUAACAUUUGGUACUUUUUCUUGUAGUGAUCGAAGCUUACAAUAUAUUUUUUUAGAAAUGUAUAUAAUAGUCUACCAUGACAACUCGGACCAUUCUUUAUUUAUUAAAUUAUUGUUUAUUACAUCAACAGUUUAUAAAAGAAUGUAUUACAUCAACAAUUUAUAAGGGUAUUAAUAUUAAAUUAAUCUUUAUUACAUCAACAAUUUAUAAAAGAUUAAUAUUGAAAUUAAUUAAAAUGAAAUAAAUGUAUAAUAAAAAAAAUAACUGGAUUACUUAAUUAAAUAUUGAUGUAAUAAAGAUUAAUUUAAAAUUAAUACUUUUAUAUCAAAUACUCGUCAAUUAUAUCAAAUAGUCGUGAGUUUUAUUAGAUACUCGUGAAUUUUAUCAAAUAGUCGUGAACUAUAUCAAAUACUCGUGAAUUUUAUCAAAUAGUCGUGAACUAUAUCAAAUGGUCGUGAAUUAUAUCAAAUAGUCAUAAUUUAUAUCAAAUACUCGUGAAUUUUAUCGAAUAUUUAUAAUUUAUAUCAAUUACUCGUGAAUAUAUCUUGGUCCUUUCUCAGAUAGUAUAUUAUCUACAAUAAUUUGGGCUGGGCCGAAGAGCUUCAUAACAGCCUUUACUGUCAACUAAAAAAUAGAUUUGUAUAGAUUUACUUUUUGAUAUUUUAAAUACAUUUACUUUUUAUGUAUAUAUAAAUAAAUUCUUUAGUAAUAUUGAUGCUGUAG